UGUCUUGGGGGGGAUGGGGGAAAGCAAAGCGGCUGCCUGGACCGGGUGCAAAGGGCGUCCGGGGGUCUCGCGUCGGUCCGACGGAGGCGGCAGGAAGGCGGUCGUCUUUGCGAUUUCGGAGGGCUGACGGCAGGUAACUUGGCAAUGGAGAAAAAAGCCUUCAAUCCAGAACAAGGACCGGAAGCCGCUGGAAAACUCCCUUCUGCAAUUCGGCCUCCGUUUACGUCUGAACAAGCAGGAUGGGGCGCCUUUGAGAGGCUCCAGAGGGCCCCCUUUGUGGGGAUGGAGGAGCGCUGGGAGACGCAGUGGCAGCAGUUCCUCAGGACGCUGCAACCGGUUCGCCCAGGAGACGACGGCAAGUCCCACUUAUUGGAGGCCUCUCACUGGGAAGACCCCAAGGUCUUCCUGGCCUCCUUCGAGCAGGUGGCCCAAGCCUGCCGCUGGCCCAGAGAGUGGUGGGCGGCCUGCCUCCUGCCGGCCCUGAGCGGAGAAGCCGAAGAGGCCUUUCAGAAGCUGGAAAUCGGAGAACGGGACAACUACGGGAAGGUGAAGGCCGCCAUCUUGAAAGGGGAAGCCGUGAAAAUGGAGGCCCGGCGUCAGCGCUUCAGGCAGUUCUGCUGCCAGGAGGUGGGAGACCCACGAAGGGUUCAAAGCCAACUUCAGGAGCUUUGCUGCCAAUGGCUAAAGCCGCAGAGACGCUCCAAAGAGCAGAUUUUGGAGCUCUUGAUCCUGGAGCAGUUCCUGGCUAGCCUGCCUCCCAAACUCCAGAGCUGGGUUCAAGGUAGAAGACCUGAGACGUGUUCCCAGGCGGUGGCCCUGGUGGAGGACUUCCUGGGGAACCAACAAGAGGCCACAUCAGGGUCACAUCAGGGCUCAAUGAAUGAAGAACAUGUCGAUUUCUUAUAUUCAGAGAAAGAGACCUUGGAGGCCGUGAAGAGAGAAAAUGAAGAAGUGGAAAUCAGGGUGCCAGGACGUGACAUCAAAUCCUCGAGUCACCCCAUCCAAUUAUUUCCUUCUGAACUAUUUGGGAUGGUCCAAACUGCACCAAGAGAGGAAUUUGUGGGUCUCAAGGAGUCAGAGGCGCGUUUGCAAGCAACCAAGUGGAAGGUGACACAGCCAGUUCAACAGCCAGCCGCCUGGCAAGUCCUACAGGAGGACCAUGAAAACGUAGCUGGUUUAGAGAGCCAACUGGGAACAGAGAUCAAAGUGGAGAAUUCUGAGAAUCGAGGAGAGGAACCGGAGUCAACAUGCAGGAGAGAUCAACAGUUUAAUUCUGGGAAUCUGCCAGUAAAGGUAGAAAUGGAGGAAGAAGGUUACAAGUCAAGAGAGCAGCAGCAGCAAAAGCCUGCCCUGGGGUGUGAGAACCAACGUACCUCACUACAACAGGAAUUUACUACUGCUGUUAUUGAAAAGGCCACUAUUUCCAAGGAGAGUAACAGGCCUUUGUUUUCCCAGUACGACAGAGGAUACCUCUACCACAUGGAGCUGAGUGCAGUGCCUUCGACGGAGAAAUUGGAGCUACGUCCUCAGAGAUUUGAGGAGAGCUACCAGUAUACAAGCACGAAUCAAAAAGAGGAAAACGUGGUAGUUGAGGAAAGGUUUGAAACCACUGGGAAUGCAGGGGUUAAUAACGCGAAGACGUAUCCAAGUAACCGUCUUGGAGAAACACGCAACUCUCCUGAACAUGCCAAAACCAACAGCAGUGUGAACUCGCUCAGCAAAAUCCCCGCUUGCAAAACCGAAGAAGGCUGGUAUGAGUGUUCCCACUGCGGCAAAUGCUUCAACAAGGCGAAAUACUGGAAGCAGCACCAGAAAAUUCACACCGGGGAGAAGCCCUACAAAUGUGCCCACUGUGGGAAAUGCUUCAAUCAGUCGGGAAAUCUGAAGACCCACCAAAGGAUUCACACCGGCGAGAGACCCUACAAAUGCUCCCAGUGUGAGAAGUGCUUCAGUCACACCAACUGCUUGAAGAUACACGAGAGAAUUCACACUGGGGAGACCUACAAAUGUUCUCAGUGUGGGAAAUGCUUCAGAGAGACGGGCAUUUUGAAGAGGCAUCUCCGGAUCCACACCGGGGAGACCCCAUACAAAUGUUCGCAGUGCGGGAAAGGCUUCAAUCUGAUGGGAACGUUGAGGAAGCACCAGAGAAUUCACACCGGAGAGAAGCCGUACAAAUGUUCCCAUUGUGACAAAUGCUUCCGGGAGACAGGGAUUCUGAAGAGACAUCAACGAACUCAUACCGGGGAGAGACCGUACAAAUGUUCUCAAUGUGGGAAAUGCUUUACUCAUACUAACGUUUUGAAGAUACACCAGAGAAUUCAUACUGGGGAGACCCCAUAUAAAUGUACCCAGUGUGGGAAAAGCUUCAGUCAGAUGGGAAAUUUAAAAACUCACCAGAGAAUUCAUAUCGGUCGGAGAAUGAACAAAUGCUCUCAGUGUGGGAAAGGCUUCACUCAGAAAGGGGAUCUGAAGAAUCACCAACGCAUUCACACCGGCGAGCAACCCUAUGAAUGCUCUUACUGCGGAAAAUGCUUCAACCAGAAGGGAAAUUUAAAGACCCACCAGAGAAUUCAUACUGGAGAGAAGCCCUACAAAUGCUUGCAGUGCGGCAAGUGCUUCAUCCAAGCGGUCCUUUUGAAGAACCAUCAAAGGACUCACACGGGAGAGAGACCCUACAACUGCCCUCAGUGCGGGAAAGGUUUCAACCUGGGAGGGGACUUAAAAAAGCACCAGAGGAUUCACACAGGCGAGAGACCGUACAAAUGCCCUUUGUGUGGGAAAGACUUCAGCCAGAUGGGAAAUUUGAAGAAGCACCAGACCAUUCACACAGGGGAGAGAUGAUAAAAAUGGUCCGCAGGGCAUAAUGCGCACAGAUGGUGUAAAACAGGAGUCUCCGGCCUUGACAACUUGCUAAGACUUGUGGACUUCAACUCCCAGAAUUCCUCAGCUAGCCAGGCUACUUUAGCAGCUUGAAGAUGUGGUGGACGUCUACUUCCAGAAUGCUUGUUGGCUGAGGAAUUCUGGGAGUUGAAAUCCACAAGUCUUAAAAGUUGCCAAGGUUGGAGAAUGAUAAUGAGAAUCAGACAAGGAAUCCUUGCACCCAGAGAAUGUUUAAAAAUUUAUAAAUAAUAACAAUAAUACCAAGAACAGACUGGAUGAUUUUAAAAGUAUCUUUUCUUUAAAUCGAUUGUACUCAAAAGUGACCCUAAUCCCAGCUACACUUAGAUGCUCUUAACCCUAAAGUGGUGUUUUGUCAGUCUCAAUAAUUUUUAGGACUCCCAGAAUUCCUCAGCUAGCAUGCAUUCUGGGAGUUGAAAUCCACAACUCUUCAAGCCGCUAAAGUUGACAAAGUUUGGCUAAAAAUGUAAGCAACUCAGAGAGUCACUCUUUUUUUUUUUAAUUUUGGCAUAUCAAAAUAAAUAACCUGCCUCGAAAAA